GCGCAAAUAUAAUGAAAAAUCAUUGCUUGUUUCCAGUACAUAAUUAAAAAAACUAAGUUUCUGGUUAGAUUACAACACAAAUUCCAAGGUUACGACGUUUUGUUAUGCUUUUUAACGAUACCUCAUAUGCAGAACUAGUUUUUGAGCGGAGGUGCAUAAAUUAAUUAACGCUAUUAAACUGUAUGGUAAAUUGACCGAACAACGACCUCAGACGGUCGAGGACGCCAAGCGUAACAAUACGAAAGGACGCCACUUCAAUCGCGUGCCUGCCUGCAUUUCACUAGGUUGUGUGCUGAGACGUUGCUGAAAUUCCUUGCCAUUUUCGCAAAUUUACAAUGGCUCCUAAACGCCAAAGUACUUCCUCCGAUGAUAGUUCAUCCAAGAAGAGGAAGGUCAUCACGAUGGAGGUCAAAUAUGACGUGAUAAAGCGUUCGGAGAAGGGAGAAACUAACACCGAAAUAGGCCGUUCUUUAGGCUUGAGCAGGACCACGGUGGUAACCAUUGUGAAGGAUAAGGAACGUAUUCUGAAGCAUGUUAAGGAUGCUGCACCGAUGAAGUCAACGGUGAUAAACGAGAAGCAACGUAGCCAGAGCAUUGUUGAAAUGGAGAAAUUGCUCAUGAUCUGGCUGGAGGACCAGAACCAGCGACGUGUUCCGGUGAGCUUAAGUGUGAUCCAGGAGAAGGCUAGAGCGCUGCAUGAGGCAGUAGUGAAAAAGUUUGGCGAAGGCAGUGCUGGUGGUGAAUUUUCCGCGAGUAGAGGUUGGUUUAACCGUUUUAAGGCUCGUGCAAAUUUGCAUAAUGUGAAGCUGCAAGGUGAAGCUGCUAGUGCUGAUAGCGAAGCAGCAGAAAGUUUUCCAGGUGGUUUGGCUGAGAUAAUUAAGGAUGGUGGUUACACGGCUGACCAAGUCUUUAAUGUGGAUGAGACUGGAUUAUUUUGGAAAAGAAUACCAAAUCGAACGUACCUUUCCAAGGAGGAGAAGUCAGCACCUGGCCAUAAAGCUGGAAAGGAGCGACUGACUUUGCUGUUUGGGUCCAAUGCAAGUGGUGAUUUGAAACUGAAGCCCUUGCUGGUGUAUUUGGCCGAGAAUCCCAGGGCUUUCAAGGGCAUUUUCAAGAGUCAACUCCCUGUGAUUUGGAAAUCUAACAAGAAGGCGUGGGUUACCUUAAUGGUCUUCGAAGAUUGGUUCAAUGACCAUUUCGUGCCAGCAGUGGAGCGGUAUUUGACUUCGAAGGGUCUGCCUUUUAAGGCCCUCUUAGUCCUGGACAAUGCCCCUGGUCACCCUUCAAAUUUGAGCGACAUGCAUCCUAAUGUGAAGGUGGUGUACCUCCCACCCAAUACCACAUCGCUGAUACAGCCAAUGGACCAGGGAGUAAUAGCUAAUUUCAAGGCUUACUACCUUAGAAGGACCAUACGUUUUGCUUUGAGGGCCAUAGAAGCUAACAAGGAGUUGACACUGAAGCAAUUCUGGAAGGGCUACAACAUUGCAGAUGCAGUGAAGAACAUUGCAAGUGCUUGGGACGAGGUGAAGACGACCACUUUAAAUGGGGCCUGGAGGAAACUGUGUCCACAGUUUGUGCACAGUUUUGAAGGCUUUGACCAGGCAGAAGACGUCGAGACUGUGACGAGGAAGAUCGUAGGGCUAAGCAAGAGGCUGAAACUAGAUCUUGAACCUGAUGAUGUAACAGAGCUGCUGGCUUCCCAUGGAGAGGAAUUGUCUGCAGAGGACUUACUAGAACUUGAACAACAAAUGAUUGAGGAAGAGGAGGCGGCACCAGAGCCAAAACCCAGGUCAUUAACUGUGAAAGGCUUGUCAGAGGGUUUUACUCAUCUGGAGAGAGCCUUGGCUUCUUUUGAGGCAGAAGACCCUAACGUUGCCAGGUUUGACAAAAUCAAGAGAGGAAUCAUGGAUUUGGUGACUUUCUACAAGGAGACCCUGAAGGAGAAGCAGACGAAGAGAAGUGUGCAGUCCAGGCUUGACACUUUCUUUCACAAGUCUCCAGUACCACCACCUCCCACUCCUAGUCCUGGUAAGGAAUUCUGAACUGUUUUACUAAUUUAUGUGUUUACAUAGUGUACAUAUUAAAAUGUGUUAAUUUUUUAAUGUAACAACUAAAUGUAAGAGUAAAUUGUAACUUCAUUAAUUUUCAUCAUUUGUAAUUUUAUUGCAGAAGUGGUGACAGUUCCAGAUCCCCCUGUACUACCUGUGACAGUUCCAGAUCUCCCUGUACUACCUGUGACAGUUCCAGAUCUCCCUGUACUACCUGUGACAGUUCCAGAUCCCCCUGUACCUGGACCCUCUGUAUCAGCCCGCCCACCUGUACGUGUACAAUCAGACCCCUUUGAUAGUGACAGUGACCCAGAUGACCCUGAGCCUUUCCAUGGUUUUGAUGCCUCGCCCUAUACAUCAGAUGUAGAUGUUCCCUCAUCAGUUGAUACGAGUAUCACCUCUCCAGAGCCCAAAUCAGUUGAUACGAGUAUCACCUCUCCCAUUCCUUCAGACUCCCAAGCACCUGCCCAUCCCACUCCAUAGCCCAGCCACCCACUCUCAUGUACCAUAUGGCCAUCCCAGUAAGCAAGCCAACCACUAGAAUUUGACUGGCAUGCACCUGUGACUUACAUAAACCAGACCUCUACAUAGCCUACAUGUCUUC